ACUUCUAAUACAAAAUUCUAUGGCUAUCUACCCACAUGUGAACAACUAAUAUUUGCCUGACUUGAACAUAAGACUUGAAAGCCCCAAGCUCUUGCGAUUAGGGACAGCACCACUUUAGAUAGGCCGGCCGGUCCGGUCCCACGUCACAAGAUGGGCUUGCAAUCCCCAAAAUAAGAUUUCAGUUCACAAAUUAACUUUCUCAAUUUUCUGCAACAAAACCUUAAUAAAACCUUUCAAAACCAAUUUUCCGUAUGCUCUAGACCGAAAUGAACCGUGAUGAUACAAACAUAGUUACAUAAAGCACCAUAAUCCCAGGAUCACUUUCACAUUUCCCCUAAGAAACUUCUAGUCUAGUCACUCCUCAUAUAUCUCUCCAUGGCCAUGUCUGAACCUUCUUCAGUCUCCUCCACCUCGGAAACUUGUUCUUCUCUAGACAGUUCACGCAUCCAGAUAGUUUCAAAAUCAGUAUCCGACAGACUCCUCGGAAAAUUCUUUGAUGCAUCACAGUAUGAUUUUGAUUAUGAGCAGAGCUGCUUGUGGUCUCCUCCAAUCCGUCGGAGCGUGUUCUUGGCCUCACCGGAAAAUAUUUGUUCCCAACAUGAGUUGCUCUCCAAACUCAACGAGUUAGCAAAGAAGCCAUGGAGGAAACGUCUUGCUUGCUUCAAUAUAAUCGCAUUUUGGUGCUCUUAAUUAGAAGGAAGAAUUCGUUUGGUGGCAGCUUACAAUUACAUAGCAGGCUACAUCAUCAGUUUUCAAGCCAAGAUCAAAUGUUGGGUAUAUCCCUGUUUCUGAUAAGGGGUAAAUUGAAAUUUUUGUAGACUUUUGACUUGUUUUUAAUUAAGGAUUCAAGAAUCAUGUUAAUAGACAUUGAUCUAAUUA